ACAAAUGUAUAGUCAAAACACAUUAAACAACACGUGUUGUCGUCACUGUUGUUGUUGUCUUCAAUUGAUUGACUGAUCAGUCAAUUGAUUACAACAUCAAUGGCUAUAAUAAUUAUCAUUAAUAUCGUCGUCGUCGGCGGCGGUGAUAAUUGAUUGAUCCAAUUGUCUAAUUAUCAUCUAAUUUCACAUAUAUUCAAAAACAAUGGCCGAGGAGGAGGUAAUGGUAGUCGAGGACGAGUUGCCGGCGAUAAUGACAAUGGAUUAUCAAAUAUCUCAAGAUAUUAUCUCAAGUAGUAAUGAUGACAACGACGACGACGACAACGAUGACGACCAGUAUUUGCUGAGACUAUCGGAACAGGUCUUCAACAACGACCUAAUACUUGACAAAGUUUUCGCUAAUAUGUCAGUGAAAGAGCUGUCCCGAUGUUGUCUGGUUUGUCAUAAAUGGUUGGCCGAAGCCUAUCGAGUAUUGGCCGCCCGAAGUCGGUCGCUGUUUAUCUAUCAUCUGAUUCGUGCGGAACAACCAACGACAACUGGCCAGACAUCGUUGGCCGUAUCGGUCGAUACCAAUAGCUCUGCCGACGAUGAACUGGACUACUGUUCCCGAGUGGACUGGAGUCUGAAAUAUGAUUUCAAAGCCAAUGUUAUCAAACGGAUUACCGACGGCCUGUAUUCGAUACCCGAACUGUGUCUACUGGUUUACGGCAGUCUUGGCGAAGAUGUCAAAAUGAGUCAACGUCUGUAUCAUACGGAUAUUGUACGCCGAUAUCUGCCGCCCAACGGCUGUAAUAUAUUGAAUCUGAACAGUCAGUGUCUGAUUGGUCGGCCAACGACAUCGUCGGUUCCCAUUCACAAGAUAUCGCAUUUCGGCGAUUUGGCUGCCGUUUCGAUGCUUUUGCUACCGAAAUACAGAUCGGGAAUCGACAUAACUGUCUUCACUGGUGCCGAUAUGCCGGACAAAUUGUUUACCAAAUCGGAUAUCAAAUCGAUUCUAUUGUUUACCACUUCAUCGAUAUUUCAAGACAAUCGACAACUGUUUCGAGAGAUCAAUACGUUGUCGAAGUUUAUAACGACAACACUGAACGGUCGGAUAGCUUUCGGUGGCUAUAAUUCAGCGUAUUUUAGUUUUAAUAGAAAAGAUUUUUUAAACUAUUUGGUCGAUAAUAAUGACAACAAUUUUAUUAAAGAUAAUAAUAAUAAUAAUAACAAUAAUGAGGAACAAAUUGGUGACAGUAGUAGUACUAGUAGUGGUUUACAUGAAUCAGAUUUGGUUACCCGUGAACUGAUCGGACUGUGUUUUAGUGGACAACAAGUACGGGCCAGUAGUCUAUUGUUGAAUACAAAACGUUUGACGAAAACUGAGGCGAAAAUCCGUAAAUUCAAGAAUAGUCUUGGAUUUGAUAUCAAUGUCAACAACAAUAAUAAUAACAAUAAAACCAAAAACCAAAAUCUUUCAAAGUUUUCAGAGUUAAUAGCCUUUAUGUUUACCGAUGAGGACAAAGCCGAUGCCUAUUUGAAGCUACAAUUAUUUCAAUCGGUUUUUGGCAACAAUUGUCAAGUUAUCGGUAUAUCCGGUUACGGACAGUACGGUUUUAAUUAUUGGCCAUCGAUUGAUGAUACUAUAGUUAACAACAAAACUAAUAAUAUGAAAAUUAAUAAUAAUAAUAAUAAUAAUAAAAGAUAUGUUAAUAAUAAUAGACGACAACAACAACAGUAUAGAAAGUGUCCGCGUAUUGUAUUAAACACUAAUAUGACUACAUUUGUUGUAAUUAGUCUUCAAAAGUAACCCCAAAAAAAAUAUAUAUAAAUUUUAUUUUAGUUUUUUUUGGU